AACCGACCUCUGCUCAGCUCCAUGGGGACCACAGAGGCCACGCUACGGAUGGAGAAUGUGGAUGUAAAGGAGGAAUGGCAGGAAGAGGGGCUCCCCAGGCCCCUCCCAGAAGACGCAGGCCUGGACUCUCUGGGCAGCCCUGCCGAAGACACAUCCUCACCCCCCUUCGGCAGUGCCCACCGCAAGCGGAAGAUGCUGGUUGCCCCGGAGAUCAACAUCUCUCUGGACCAGAGCGAGGGCUCCCUGCUGUCAGACGACUUCCUGGACACCCCUGACGACCUGGACAUCAACGUGGACGACAUGGAGACCCCCGAUGAGACCGACUCGCUCGAGUUCCUGGGUCCUGGCAAUGAGCUGGAGUGGGAGGAUGACACCCCGGUGGCGGCAGCCAAGAACAUGCCGGGGGCCAGUGCGGACCUAUUUGGGGACGGGGCGGCAGAGGAUGGGGCCGCGGCCAAUGGGCGGCUGUGGAGGACAGUGAUCCUGGGGGAGCAGGAGCAUCGCAUCGACCUGCACAUGAUUCGGCCUUACAUGCGUGUGGUCACCCACGGGGGGUACUACGGCGAGGGCCUGAACGCCAUCAUUGUGUUCGCCGCCUGCUUCCUCCCCGACAGCAGCCUUCCGGACUACCACUACAUCAUGGAGAACCUCUUCCUGUACGUUAUCAGCAGCCUGGAGCUCCUGGUGGCAGAGGACUACAUGAUUGUGUACCUCAACGGGGCCACCCCGCGACGGAAGAUGCCAGGCAUCAGCUGGCUGAAGAAAUGCUACCAGAUGAUCGAUAGGCGGCUGAGGAAAAACCUCAAGUCCCUCAUCAUUGUGCACCCAUCCUGGUUCAUCCGCACCGUGCUGGCCAUCUCCCGACCCUUCAUCAGCGUCAAGUUCAUCAGCAAGGUGCAGUACGUGCACAGCCUGGAGGACCUGGAACGGCUUAUCCCCAUGGAUCACGUGCAGAUCCCAGACUGCGUGCUGCAAUUCGACGAGGAGAGGCUCAAGGCCAGAAGAGAGAGUGCACGGCCACAGCCCGAGUUUGUCCUACCCAGGGUGGAAGAGACAUCAGAGGCCGCAGUGGCGACAGAGGAGGACAGGCCCACUCCUAUCACAGAAGGCCAGGAGACAAGCAUGUCCUGAGGUGGCCCAUGAGGACUCGGGAGGGACCCACAGAAGCUUCCAGAAGCCCAGGGACCUCAGCCUGCCGCCCGCCAGCCCCUCCCUUGCCCGCGCCCCCUGCUCCUGCAGCACCCCGUCAGGGAUUCCGGGUGCAGUGCUCCGCAUCUGGGGAAAGGACCCCCCUCCCUCAGUGCCACAUGCUGACCCCAGGGGCCUACAGUCCAGCUCCCAGGACCCCACCACCACCUCAAAGAUGCCCCUGCCCAUACAGAGUCCUGGACCUUGCCCCUGGCCUCUGGUGGAUGCGGGGUCCUUCCUUCUUGUGCCUUUCCACACCCAUCUGGCCAGAAGCUCACUUCCCCCACCUGGCCCCUGACCCUUGACCUCUGAUCCCACCCCCCUCCUUUGGAGCCUGGGGGCGUGAACCACAGCACAACCAGGUGUAACUUCUCAUCCAGAAGCUGCAAAGCCAGCCCCUUCCCGCCAUCCCCAGAACUUUCUGGAAAUUUCUCCAAAGGGCAAGGAGCCGUCCACAUGAGGCGGCAUGGGGGCUCGAACCCCAGACUCCCACCCAGCGGGGACCCUGAAAUGUCGCCUCUCCAUCCACGGGCUCGCGGGGAGACAGUAACAAGGAGAAGAGGCGGUGUCCCCGGGCCUGGAGGCCACAGUCCCAGCAUUCGGAGGAGGAAGGGAAGUGGACACGGGUGGGCUGUUAGGGAGUUCCCCGUCCCUGCAGAUUACAAGAGUGACAGCUGGGCCCUGCCUGUGGAGAAGGGGGAGGGGUCCCCUCUGGACCGCUGCAGCCCUGCAAGUCUUUCUUUUUUUUAUAAGUCUUUUAUUUUUUAAUUUUUUAAAUUAUCUUUACUUAUUUAUUGGAUAGAAACAGCCAGAAGUUGAAAGGGUGAGGAGAUAGAGAGGGAUAGACAGACACCUGCAACACUGCUUCACCAUUUGUGAAGCUUUCCCCCUGCAGGUAGGGACUGGGGGCUUGAACUGGGGCCACCAUUGCCAAGUCUGAGAUUGGAGAUUAUGUGAAUGGUUUAUUAUUAUUAUUAUUAUUAUUAUUAUUAUUUCUCUCCCUUUUUUCUCAGCUGAGUCAGGGCUUCACCCAAACAGGAUUCCACCGCUCCUUCGCUGACUUUCUCUCUUGAGAGUGAGAGACAGGGAGAGAGAGAGGGACACCAAGCACAGGAGCUUCCUCCGGUGCUGUGACACCUCCCAGAUGGUGCCAGGGCUUAAACUGUGCCAGGUGCGGCCCCGGUGGGCUGUCUAUUCCAUCCCUGAGUGUCUCUUGGCCUGGAACCCCAAGGCAGCGCUGGGACUUAGCCGGAUUCACAGGCACUGAAGACCUGCUCCCCCCAGUCCCGGCUCUGCCCCUGCCCUUAUAAGGAGGUUCUGGCAGGGACUCAGAUGUGUUUCUUCCAGCUCCUGAAAGUCAACAGAAUGACAGCAUCAGGGGACACCAAAACUGUCCCUUUGUCACCCCACCCAGGUGACCACAAAGUCCCCUACACACACACACACACACACACACACACACACACACACAAAGCCUGCAAGAAACCCUACACUGACACGGGGGUGCCUGGAUCCCCAGCGGCCACCCAGGGGAUGUGAGGACCCCAGCUGGGUCCCAGAGACACAGCCAGCUGGAGUUGGGGGUCUGCCCCCAGCCCCCUCUAACCAGGUUGACCCCCGAGCCCCCAGAACCAGCCUUUGGAGGGGUACAUGUCCAUGGACACUGGACUUAAUGCCACACAGAAAGGAUCCAGGAGGUGGGGACCAGGAUGGUUUUUUCCCCCGGGACUGACAGUGGGUGGGGGGGGGUUGCCAGGCUGGGCUCUGGGGACAGGGACCUCUGGACCCACUGGACCUGCUCCCUGAGCCCCCGGCACUCCAGGACGAGAAGAGAAGGCCUGGUUCCUGGGGUCUGGAGGGGAUUUUUAUGUGAAAUAAACCCACUGAAAACAAAUGAGGCUGGGGAUGGCCAUCUCUCUGCAGCGGGGAGGCUUUGAGGGGUUCAGGGAGGGACGUGAAGGCCGUGUGAUCUGAACUGGAACCCUUUCCACAAUUCAUUCUCCCCACCGGGGAGCAAGGAUUGGGCCUCCAGCGCCACAUGGGAGCGCCACACAGCACCAGAGCAAGCUCAGGGGAUGAUACAGUGUUGCCCUGUCUUUCCGUCUCUUUUUCUCCCUUUCUUCUGUCUCCCCUGACAUUA